CCUCAUAGCUGUAUUAUAUACAAAGAUUUGUGGACUGUAGCCUGUAGGUCUGCAAAACUUGCUGCAAGCAAACACCUUAUCUGGAUUUCACCUUUCUGGAGUCGUACCUCAGGUGGGAGGAUAUCAAACAGGUGUAGAAAGAUCUCCAACUUAUUAUUACCAUGGCUCGGAUAACCACUUUUCAAACUUCACUCAUACUCAUUUGUGCUGUUCAGAGCCUAUCAUUACUGUUCUUAUAUUUGAACUAUGCAAACUAUACAGCUGUAUCAAAGAAGCAAAUAGACAAAGUUCAUGUGUUGAUUCUGUCUUCCUGGAGGUCAGGGUCCUCACUUGCUGGCCAGAUCUUCAGUCAACACCCCAGCGUUUUCUAUCUAAUGGAACCUGCCUGGCAUGUAUGGAAAAUGAUGGCAAAAGAUGAUGUCAACAUCUUGCAUACAUCUGUCCGAGAUUUGCUAAGAUCAGUAUUCCAUUGUGACAUGUCGGUUUUUGACUUUUACUUACCUAAAAAUAAGACAAAAUCAAACCUGUUUAUGUGGGAAAAUAGCAGGGCUCUAUGUACUCCUCCAGCAUGUGAUGUUUUUCGACGUACAACAGUCAUCAAUAGUACAGUUUGCAAAAGACUUUGUAGCAAAUCCACAUUCGAUACUGUAGAAAAAUCUUGCAAGACAUACAGCCAUGUUGUUUUAAAAGAAGUACGACUUUUUAACUUGGAAUCACUCUAUCCCCUUAUUACUGAUCCAUCCUUAAAUCUGAGGAUAAUUCAUUUCAUACGAGAUCCAAGAGCUGUAUUCAACUCACGACAGAGCAUUGUUAAAUCUCUGAGGAAUGAUAAUAAAAUCAUAUUAAAUUCUUAUCCAAACUCUGCACUUUCUGAUGCUAAUUACAAAGUAAUGGAAGAAAUCUGUAAAAGCCAUGUCCAGAUUUAUAGUGCAGCAGCCAAACAUGGGUCUACAUUCUUAAAAUCGCGCUAUCUCAUGGUCCGUUUUGAAGACUUGGUUAAAAAUCCUCUAGCGAAAGUAAAGGAAAUGUAUUCGUUUGUAGACUUAGCAAUGAACAGAAAACUGGAGAACUGGAUCCAGAAGGUUACACAUGGUAAAGGGAAAAAUCACUCACCUUUCCAGAUAACUUCCCUUAAUGCUUUGUCUCUUUCUGAAGCAUGGAGAAAUGCACUUUCUUUCAAAGACGUUUCAAAAAUACAAUCUUUUUGUAGAGAAGCAAUGGAUAUUCUUGAGUAUCACCUUAUAAAGUCUGAGAAAGAUCUCAGAGUCCUUUCGGGAAAUUUAUUUCCAAAAAACUCAAGUUCUAACAACAAAAAACAAUUUUGGAACUAAUUGCCUCAGCAAUGGAAACUGUGAGAAAGAAAUUCAGAUGCUGCAACAGAUUAUUAUCAGGCUCUGAUAUAAGAUUUGCAGAUGAUCCAGUUUCCACUGUCAAAAUCAUCAUGCUGUCGGUAAUGGCAAAAAUAAAUAUAUCCUAAAAGAAUGUAAUAAAUAAUAUUCCUCCUUCAGUACAGCAAGCAGGAUACUCAUUAAAAUAAUUUUAAGCAAGGUAUUAUUAAAUUAAUUCUUAGAUGAAUUCACAUGGUAAAUUUAACACAGUCAAUGUGUUAACAUUUAAAAUAACACUAAAUGGCUACUUCUGCUAAUUUCUCUGUUUUUUACAUGUGACACUGCCUUUACAAAUUGUUAAUACUGCCUAAUUUUUGAUAGCAUCAUCAUAGUAUUAAGAGUGUUGUGAGCAUUUAAGCUCAAUGCAUAAGUGGGCAAUUGAUUUGAUAACAUUCAACAUGUAUUCACUGGAACUGUGGUGCAAUUUAAACAUAUAAGGAAUUACUUUCUAAAAUAUGAUAUAUACACACUCACAAGUAAGUAUAAAGUGAUAAAACACACCCAUUCAGAAAACUCUAUUUAUGACAAAUGCAAAUUCAGUAGCCACUGCAUUUAUUUUUGACAAUGAAAAUCACUGAAUAUAUGCAAAUCAGGUGUUUUUGUCAAGGAAAAGUUUGACAUUUGCAUUCCUUUACUUUGUUUUACAUUUAAGCUUAGCUAUUGAGGUGUUGUAUAAAACUGUCUUAAAAUGAAGAAUUAUGCUCCAAAAUGGAUAUAUAACUUGAACACUAUCACCAAUAUUACUACCAUUAAUGUAAUGCUUGAAUGCCAAAGAAAAUUUUGCAAUUUCAUGUGACCAAAAAAGUAAAUGACUUAAGUAUCUAUUAUAAAGAUGAAAAGAAUGGAUUGGGUUUGCCACAUCUAA